GUCUACCUUGUUGAUCCUUUGAGCGCAGCGAAAGCAAAGCACAAAAUCCAAUUAUCUGGUUGCGGGUGGAGAAACACGGUAUUUUUGAUCGCGGACUUUCGCUUUCACUGUUUGUGUCUCUCCCACAUUGAGAUUGUAAUCUUUACUACAACAAGGGCUUGUCUUUGUUCAAUUCACACCACUUUUUCCAUUGACCCAUUCAAACGAUACCAAUGUUCCGACUACAACUACAAUGCCGUAUACCAAUCCUGAGUCGCAGGGUCACAUUAAAUUGCGCCAAACAAUCCCUUCAAACUUUCAAUAAAGGGCUUCUAUUGAACAGAACUUUUGCGCUCACUCGAAAACAACCAAUGUCAUCCAACGCAAAAAAUGCUCUUCUACUCAGUACAAAAAGGUUGAGAACUCUUCUACCGAUACAGCGUUCGAUUCUAUCCAUUACAAAAACACGAUUAUUUAGGAGUGAGGAGAAGGAUGACCAACCAACAGAGAAGACUCAGGAACUGAAAGAAAAUAUAUAUACAAUCCCGAAUGUUUUGACAUUUAGCCGACUUGUUGCAGCGCCUUGUAUAGGUUAUUUGAUUUUGAAUCACAACUAUGAUAGUGCUUUAGGUCUAUUUGCGUUAGCAGGAUUUACGGAUUUGUUGGAUGGGUAUAUUGCAAGAAAGUAUAAUAUGAAGACGUUACUUGGGACGAUUAUUGAUCCAUUCGCCGAUAAAGUUUUAAUGACUAUUUUGACAGUAACUUUAACUAUGGAAGGAACACUACCGAUGCCUUUGUCAGCAAUUAUUCUAGGAAGAGAUGCUGGCUUAAUUCUAUCUGCCUUUUAUUAUCGAUAUGUAUCAUUACCGGAACCAAAAACACUUUCUAGGUACAUUAAUUGCACAAUCCCCUCCGCUGAAGUCAGACCAACUCAAAUCAGCAAGAUCAAUACCGCUUUACAACUAGCCUUGAUGGGCCUAUCAUUGACUACACUUAGCGUAGGAUUUCCUCCUUCUGAAUUCAUGACGGGGUUGCAAUGGGUCGUCGGUGGCACAACAAUAUGGUCAGGAGCAAGUUAUGUGUUUUCAAAAGACGCUGUGCAAAUCUUGAAACGAUGAGAAGAAGAUGCUUGAUGUAUAUCUGCCUGAACAAAACUUACCCAAUUUAUUUAUUUGAAACAAGCAAACAACUACUAUAUCUUUGAGAUGACUAAUAAAUGCCAUUAAUGAAAUUAUCAAAGUUUGCAGCAUGCGAACAAUGAAAAAAUAAGAAGAGACGGUCCCAAGCUGAG